GUGUGUUGUGGGCAGGUUAUUGUGCUGAAUGGACUCGCCCAUGAACCCUCUUAAGGCGGUCGGUCGGUCGGUCACCAUGGUGGUGGCUUACAACAGCAAGCCCGGACUGCAGACCAUCCGUCGCGUUUAGACGUUCAAACACUCUUUAUAAAUGCUGCCUGUGACCCUCCGCUGCUUUGCAAAUGGCUUAAAAUGGACAAUCACCCAACGCAUGGAUUGCACAUUGUUUUAAAAUGGAAAACUGAAGAAGAUAAAACAGCGAACAGGAGACAAACGGAAUGCCGAAAAAUGCACCCGUCUGCGUAAAACACAGACGUACCGCUGCAAAAACCUUUCAUUAACACAGAAUCCGCUGUCAAGUCCCAGCUGAAGUCUCAGCGGCUGGAGCAGGAAAAGCAGACUGUCUGGUUUUGUAAGACUGGGACGAGGGACAGUAAGAGAGUUGCUGGCUUAGGCUGUGGCCUGGGGACAGGCUCUCCUCUGCAGUUGCUGCUAUAUAAAAGCGUCUUUGAACCACUAAAAAGCCACUAGUGAUAUUCGUUUAGGAUUAUUUGACUUAACUGUUGUGCGAGAUUGUUUUGAAGACCAUGGCGUCCUAUGUGGAUAACAGUUUUCGGCAGGCGGUGAUGGUGAAUCCUUCAGACAGGACGCAACAGGACCUGGAGAUCGUUUAUUCCUACUUGCAUGGAAUGGAGGCGCUGUCCAAUCUUCGGGAGCACCAGCUGAGGAUAAUGUGUGAAACCGUCCGCUACGAAAGACAUGAAGCCAACGAAGUGCUCUAUUAUCCGGAUGACAUUGGCACGUGUUGGUACAUUCUGCUUUCUGGAUCGGUCUUCAUCAAAGAGUCCAUGUUCCUGCCACGCUCCAGUUUUGGGAAAAGGUCUGCUGGGAGUUUACGCCGUGGAUGCGAGUGCAUCGUUCUGGAGCCAUCCGAGAUGAUUGUGGUGGACUAUAUGGAUGAGAAUGAGGAGUAUUUCCAGCGGCAGGCAUCGCACCGACAGUCACGCCGAAGGUUUCGCAAGAUCAACCAGAAGGGCGAGCGACAGACCAUCAUCGACACCGUAGAGCCAUAUCCCACCGGCAAGCCGCCCGUUGCACGGGGAUACCAUACGGAAUGCGUUAAGGCUCAGCUGCCGGCAGACUUCAGCAGAUUGCACCUUGCAGACGGGAUUCACCCGCAGGUGACACACGUUUCCUCCAGCCACUCAGGAUGUAGCAUCACCAGUGAUUCUGGGAGCAGCAGCCUGUCGGACAUUUACCAGAUGCUUUUAUCCAAAUCAUCUUACUCAAGUGCAUUUAAGGCCACCGAGAGUGAGCCCUGCGACAUGGACCUCAGUGGCCUGCCCGAAACAGCCGUUGACUCCGAGGAGGAUGACGAUGAGGAAGAUAUCGAACGUGCCUCCGAUCCCCUCAUGAGUCGAGACAUUGUCCGAGACUGCCUGGAGAAAGACCCCAUGGACCGAACGGAUGAUGACAUAGAGCAACUGUUGGAGUUCAUGCACCAGCUACCGGCCUUUGCCAACAUGACCAUGUCUGUCAGGAGGGAGCUUUGUGCUGUCAUGGUGUUCGCUGUGGUGGAACGGGCCGGCACAGUCGUCCUUAAUGAUGGCGAAGAGCUGGACUCGUGGUCUGUGAUUCUGAACGGCUCAGUGGAGGUGACGCACCCAGAUGGCCGGACGGAAAUCCUGUGCAUGGGCAACAGCUUCGGUGUGUCCCCCACCAUGGAGAAAGAGUACAUGAAAGGGGUGAUGAAGACCAAGGUGGAUGACUGCCAGUUUGUUUGCAUAGCACAGCAAGAAUACUGCUGUAUCCUUAACCAAGUGGAGAAAAACAUGCAGAAGGUGGAAGAGGAGGGUGAGAUUGUGAUGGUGAAGGAACACCGUGAGCUAGACCGCACAGGCACCAGGAAAGGGCACAUUGUCAUCAAAGGCACACCAGAGCGUCUUACCAUGCACCUUGUAGAAGAGCACUCAGUGGUGGACCCCACCUACAUCGAGGACUUCCUGCUUACCUACCGCACCUUCCUGCCAAGCCCCAUGGUGGUAGGCAAGAAACUGUUGGAGUGGUUUCAUGACUCCAGCCUCAGGGACAAGGUUACACGGGUAGUCUUGCUGUGGGUGAACAAUCACUUCAACGACUUUGAGGGUGACUCUGCAAUGACUCAUUUUCUUGAGGAGUUUGAGUACAAUCUGGACAGAGAGAAAAUGUGUGGGCACCUAAGACUGUUAAACAUAGCAUGUGCUGCCAAAGCUAAGCUGCGGGUGGUGACCCUGACCAAACCCUCGAGGGAAGCACCCCUGUCUUUCACCCUGCUGGGGGGUUCAGAGAAGGGCUUUCGCAUUUUCAUUGACAGCGUGGAGCCAGGCAGCAAAGCUGCAGAGGCCGGCCUUAAACGAGGAGAUCAGUUACUAGAGGUCAAUGGACAAAACUUCGAAAAUGUGCCGUUAUCCAAAGCCAACGAGAUUCUCAAAAACAACACGCACCUGUCCAUUACUGUGAAAACCAAUCUCUUAGUGUUUAAGGAGCUACUGGCCAGGCCUGACCAGGACCAGGAGCUAGAACAGGAGGAGGAGCCAGACAGGAAGAACGGGGCACCUCACAUCCCCAAAAUUGGGGACAUUAAGAAAGCCAGCCGCUACUCCAUCCCUGACCUGGCUGUGGAUGUGGAGCAGGUCAUGGGCCUUGAGAAAGCUAGUAAGAAAGCCAAGGCCAACACCGUAGGUGGCAGAAACAAGCUGAAGAAGAUCUUUGACAAAACACUGACCAGUAUUCUUCCACCCAAACCUUACAAUGAUGUUGGUGUGGGACAGUCACAGGAUGACAGUAUUGUGGGGCUAAAGCAGUCAAAGCAGAUCCCUCCUGCCCUUCCUGUAAGUGGAAACCUUUCAUCAAGCAACCCUGACCUGCUGCAGUCACACCAUCGCAUACUCGACUUCAACAACCAGCCUGAAGCAGUCCCUAUAAACAUGUCAGACCAGGUAUUGAGAGUGUUCAAGGCAGACCAGCAAAGUCGGUACAUCAUGAUUGGGAAGGACACCACAGCAAAAGAAGUCGUAGCUCAGGCCAUCCGAGAGUUUGCCUUGACCGCUGCUCCUGAAGCAUAUUCGUUGUGUGAAGUGUCAGUCACUCCUGAGGGUGUCAUCAAGCAGCGGCGACUCCCAGAGCAACUCUCCAAACUGGCUGACAGGAUCCAGCUGAGUGGCAGGUACUACCUGAAAAGCAACAUGGAGACAGAGACACUGUGCUCGGAUGAAGAUGCCCAGGAACUGCUAAGGGAGAGCCAUAUUAGCCUGCUGCAGCUUAGCACGGUGGAAGUGGCGACCCAGCUGUCCAUGCGCGCAUUUGAGCUGUUCUGUGCCAUCGAGCCCACAGAGUAUAUUGAUGACCUGUUCAAGCUGAAAACUCGCCUAACCGGACCCCCCAGCCUCAAGCUCUUUGAGGAUGCUAUCAAUCGGGAGACCUUCUGGGUUGCCACAGAGGUGGUCCGUGAGCCCAACCAGCUCAAACGCAUGAAGAUCAUCAAGCACUUCAUAAAGAUCGCACUGCAUUGCCGCGAGUGCAAGAACUUCAACUCCAUGUUUGCCAUCAUCAGUGGUCUGAACUUGGCACCGGUGUCCAGACUGAGAGGCACAUGGGAGAAAUUGCCCAGCAAAUAUGAGAAGCUGUUUAGUGAUCUUCAAGAUCUAUUUGAUCCUUCCAGGAAUAUGGCAAAGUACCGGAAUCUUCUGAACAGCCAGAACCUGCAGCCACCCAUCAUCCCACUGUUCCCUGUAAUCAAGAAGGAUCUCACCUUCCUGCAUGAAGGAAAUGACUCGAAGGUGGACGGUUUGGUGAACUUUGAGAAACUGCGGAUGAUUGCUAAAGAGAUCAGACAUGUAGGCCGAAUGGCAGCUGUAAACAUGGACCCUGCUCUGAUGUUCAGAACCAGGAAGAAGAAAUGGAGGAGUUUAGGGUCACUCAGCCAGGGGAGUGCCAAUGCGGCCGUCCUGGAUGUAACCCAGACGGGCGGGCACAAGAAGCGGGUCAGACGGAGUUCCUUCCUCAAUGCCAAGAAGCUGUAUGAGGAUGCACAGAUGGCACGCAAGGUCAAACAAUACCUGUCCAACCUCACCCUUGAAACGAAUGAGGAGAGCUUGCAGACACUCUCAAUUCAGUGUGAGCCUUCAGUCAACACAUUGCCGAAGAGUUCCGGGGACAGGAAAAGACCCGACACAUCGCCUGUAGUUGCACGGGCCGCCGCUCACCAGCGCCAGCAGCUUCAGAAAGCCAACCAGGGGCUUCAAGUGCCUGCCGUAGCCCUUUACCCAUCACGCAAGAAAGUGCCAGUCAAAGACUUGCCACCAUUUGGCACAAGCUCACCACAGUCUCUGAAGAAGAUACUGUCCCUUUCAGAGGAGGCAGGAGAGAGACACAGGAAACAGACAGAGGAUAAUGUGUCCAACAAUUCCUCACAACUGUCAUCUCCUCCUACUUCUCCUCACAGCUCACCUAAGAAAGGUUAUGGAAGAGCAGGUGACUACCUGUCGGACUCUGGCCACAGUGAGAUCUCCUCACGCUCCAGUCUGGUGAGCACCUCCUCCCUGGAUAUGGGACCAGAUGACCGCAGGCAUCGAUAUGGAGUAAUAGCUGGGGAGGCUCAUGGCAGUAGCCACCGGCUAGAACGCAGGGCUACUGCUGAUCCCGACCAGUACAGCUUGGGGUCCUACUCAUCAAUGCAGGACUGCCGGGGUCUGUAUGCGGGCGCCACUGUGCUGUCUUCCCCCAGUUCAGAGGAGCUUACCCAGGACCAAGGUGACCGGGUGUCUCUCGAUGCUGCUGAUUCUGGUCGUGGCAGCUGGACCUCAUGUUCCAGCGGCUCCCAUGACAACAUUCAGACCAUGCAGCAGGGGCGUAGCUGGGAGGCACUUGCAGAGGGUGCAGGGCUUUGGGGAAGCAGAGGAAGCUGGGCGUCUGCCUGCUCCUCUUCGUCCUCUGUGGCAUGUUGGGGUGAGGACUCUGAGGGAGACACAGGCACCAUCAAGCGGAGAGGAGGGAGGGAUGUGACCACAGACCCAGAGACCAGCAGCAUCACCUCCACUGGUUCAGAAGAGUCCAGACAGCAUAGUCGACGCCCCUCACCCAUCACUGCAGGCAACACCAAAGCUGUGAUCACACGGAAGGACGGUCGUUACCGGGAUCCUCCUCCCACACCGCCCGGCUACACGGCACUGAGUAUCACAGACGUAACUGAGGGUACGGCUCACUCGGGCAGGAGACCACCAGACUACACCACCGCCUUGCAGCGCUCCCGUCUUGUCACACAUUCCCCCGACUCCCACCACCCCCCAGCUGCGGGAAAACCCACCCAUUCGCUGGACCCCCGUGGCCGAGACGAGGAGGAGCCAGAGGAGGUGGAAGAGGAGGGUGAGUGCUUGUCUCCCAAACUCAGAGCUCAAAGGAGGAGAGGUCCACACACAGCAGUUCCCCCCAGGCCAUGAGUUACAUACACCACCCCAACAGGAAGAGGAUGAACAGGUGUCUGCUGUUUGAAAAGGGGGCGACACUGGCUGCACUGCUGCAUUAACUGAUGGCCCAUAUGGGGCAUUCACGGGUCCGACAGACAGACCAUCCAGUCUACAUUUUGACGGCACUGCCUCUCUCCCUCCUCAAUGAUGAAUUCAUCUCCCUGCCCUGCCUUAAUGCAUCAUGGGGGGUUUAACGCCCUGCAUGCUAAGAAAUACUGUGAAGAAAGAAGGUGUGCAAAAAAAUAACUUAUUUGGCACUUUGGAGAAUGGAAAAAUGUACUGAACUGAAACUCGAACGAAGCGCUUUAACAUUCAUACACACACACAAACACUCACACACACAAAAAACUACUGUUAACGGUUAUCUUUAAACAUUUCCUUCUGCUUAAAGGACACAUGCACGUUAGUAGUUCCCCUCAGCACUUUUUAACUGUUUUUAAGGGGUAAAAUGAUCCACACAAUCAACAUUUCAGCCACUGGAUUCUGGACAUGCAGUUUGGGUGCCACAGAAGGCUUGACUAUAACUUAACUCCACUCCUUUUCCCUUCAGUCCUCACGAAAACACGCAUAUCUGUGUGGUUCAAUAUAGCAGUAUUAUAUUUGCAGGAGCACCACUUGAAGGACAUCUCUUCUGCUGGAUGACUACAAAUGGAGUUCACUUUGACUCCUGACAUACGUAGCACACCGAUUUAAUACGGAAGGCGCUUUGUGAGAGGAAAUGAUGCUAAGUGAAGCCUUAGUGAGUGAUUUUAUUGUUUUUUUUUAAGCUGCAGUGGGUUUGAGAGCUGUAAGAAAACAUCAAGUUUGGUCAAAGGCCUCAUAAAAAAAACAUGAAAUUACAUAAAUUUACAUCUGUUGGUAAUCGAAGAGACAAAGUCCAUAAAAGUGAAUCAGUUCUGCUGCAAGAAGCUUUUAGUGAUGAAGAGGAAGUGUACAUGCUCAUCUUUGAUAUGACGCAGGUGGUUUUAUCAGUUCAGUGCCUCUCCAGCUUCAAAAGCAUUUGUUGUGGCACAACUUCAAGCCCUCUAUUGGUUAAAGUGAGAACUGCAGGCGACUCAAGCAAAUGGGGACGUUUUAUUCGGGUGCUACUUUCUUCCUCUCAUUCUGUGAAACUAUUAAGGCGGUGUGUGAAAGAUGGUGGCUUCUGUGUUAUUUUUUCUUUACGGUGGAUCAAGUCAUGCAUGUUUCUCCUGAAGCGGGCCUUGAACUAACUACCACUGCUGCACAACAGCUUUCACAAUCAUUCACAGGAACUGAACUGAUAUGUGCUUUUACACAAACCCACCCGGAGUCCACCAGUCAGAGCAGAACUGAACCGAUGGGAGCACGUCACUUUUAUUCUUUCAUUUUAAUCACUGGGUUAAGCUGAUCACAUUGAUCAGUAUAGUUAGAAACGAUAGACUGAAGAAGAAAAAAGUUUGCAGUGUUUUCCACUGUACCCUGUAACAUCACUACUUCAAUGUUGCUUUCUCUAGUUGCUUUGUUUGUUUGUUCGUUCGUUUGUUUGUUCGUUUGUAGGUUUUUGGCUCCCACACAACUUUUUUUUUUUUUUUUUUUUUUUUUUGUAAUGGUUGCGGAUACAGUUGUUCACCUUCACGUUCACGUUUUGGCAAGCCAAAAUAAGUCACUUGUUUUUCAAAAUAAGUUGCACAAAUUGUAGAAGCAUAAAUACAACAAGGUAAAUAGUAGUAGGUAGCUGUUCUGCUACUCUGUUCGAUAUGUGAUGUUUAGUGAGACGUGUACAUUUAGCUGGUGAAUAUUAUCUCUUUUUUGACUACUUUUACCUGUACGUCUUUUACAAAGACAAUUGGUGGAGUAUGUAUUUGUUGUUUUGUUUUUUUGCCUUUCUUUUUUUUUUUUUUGUAUUUUUAAUACAAUAAUUGUAAAUAUUGGUUAUAUUUUUGUUGAAUUGUAGAAAUGUAUGAUGUUUAUGCCUCAACAUCCAGUUUAUAUGAAGCUGGUAAUCAAUAAAUUCGACAAAAAUCAAUCAA